AUGGUGGAAACUGAUAUAGGAUGGAGAAUAAACUCUGGAAAUGCCCUUUUCUGGUGGGAUAACUGGAUGGGGGAAGGACCUCUAGCUCACUUUUGUCAUGGCAUAACUAGCUUGAAUAAUACUCAAGUUUCUGAUUUUUUAAGACAUGGACAGUGGAAUGAAACUAUGGUGAGAAUGCAUGUACCACCUUUGCUAGUUCCCAAAAUGCUUAGCACUGUUAUUCACUAUGAAGCAGGAGUCCCUGAUGAAGCCUAUUGGAAGCAAAAUGAGAAUGGGACUUUUACCUGUUCAUCUGCCUGGAACCUGGUGAGGGGCAAGAAGAACAAGAGUAGGCUAUUCUCUACUAUUUGGCAUAAACAAGUUCCAUUCAAAGCUUCCUUUCUAUUGUGGAGGGCUCUCAAAUUCAAACUUCCUACCAAUGAUAGGUUGAGCUCUUUUGGAGUACAGCCAACGACAUGUUUCUGCUGCAUUAGACCAGGAUUGGAUGAUAUUGAACACAUUUUUGUUAAAGGCAAUUUUGCAGCUCAUAUCUGGAGGUACUUCUUAGGACUGAUGGGAAUUAUUCACGACCCCAGGCCACUUGAAAACCUCCUGAUGAGCUGGUGGGGAAUGGCUGCAAAAAAUGAGAAGAACAGAUGCUCGGUGAAAUUUGGCCAGAAAAAAUCUAAUGUGGCAAGAGUGAAGUACAUGAUUUUUAAAGACACUUUCCAGCUCCUCAUGGUCACUUACCCCUAUUGUUCUUGGCCUAAUAAUUGGGAGGAUAUGAUCAAUGAAGUGGAGAAAUGUUCCCAGGAUAUUAGGAUCAUCACGGUCAGUUGGCAAUGCCCUCCCAGCCCCUUUUUGAAGCUUAAUACAGAUGGAAGUGCAUUGCAUAACCCCGGGAAGAUAGGAGGAGGGCGUAUAUUGAGGGACUCCAAUGGAAACAUGAUAUAUGCAUUCGCAAUCCCCCUUGGUAUUGGUACCAAUAACCAAGCUGCAACUCACAGAUUGGACUGGUGCUUUCAACAUGGUUACAGGAAAGUCAUCUUGGAAGUGGACUCAGAACUACUUACCAAAUGGCUCAAUAACAAAAGCAAGCCUCCCUGGAAAUUGCAAGUACAUCACUCAACUUCACCAGCUUAUUACUCAGCUGGACUUCUUCAAAUGCCAGCAUACCUAUAG